GUUAUGUGGACUAGAUCUCCUGUGGAUAAGGAGCUUGAAGUCGAGUUUACAUGAUUAAAAGACGAAAAGCGAAUCUUUUAUCAGUUCAACCCAUAAUAAAAACUUUUGCUUUUUUUCCUUUCCAAACUUAAAACUAUGGAUGCCUCCUCAAAGAUGAUGAUGCUCUUAUCUCCCGUCUCAACCUCACUGCCUUCCCUGCACCGCCAUAGGUACAGUCUGUUGCACAGAAGAACAGGAGGGUCCCAUGUACCACUCAAGCUCAAGGUUCAAGCCAUGGCAAAAGAGAGUAGUGAAACUGACAAUGGAAUUGCUGAGAAAGCAGCGAUUGUUGGUGGAUUGGUCUCCACCCCAGUGAUUGCUUGGUCUCUCUACACCCUCAAGACGACCGGCUGCGGCCUACCGCCCGGACCGGGUGGCUCAAUCGGUGCACUUGAGGGUCUGAGCUAUCUGGUUGUUGUGGGGAUUGUGGCUUGGUCGUUGUACACCAAGACCAAAACUGGCUCAGGUUUACCUAAUGGGCCUUUUGGGUUGUUGGGAGCUGUGGAAGGAUUGUCUUACUUGUCAUUGCUUGCCAUUGUUGUUGUGUUUGCGUUGCAGUUCUUUGAGAAUGGUUCCAUCCCCGGCCCACUUCCCACUGACCAGUGCUUCGGCUGAGCUCUCUCUCUCUCUCUCUCUCUCUCUC